AUGACGUUCGAAUACUAUACACGAAGCUCGACGACAGCUACCACGACUUCGUCAAAGAAUAAGAAACACUUGACCCUAGAGACAGUACCUAGAAGCCAAAGGAAAUACCUUGGAGAACCUGAUGAUCCGCACUUCAUACCAAAAUCGCCCAUAAUCACACGGCAGCAGUUUACCGAACAAGAAGAGGGCGAGUUGAAGCGGCUCUGCGCACUCGCACUCGCGGACGUACCGCAUUCUGACGGACCAGAUCCUGUCGCACCACCGUCCGCAGCCCGUGCGACCAAUGCUCCAACAGCACGUAAGGCUUCGGCGCCUGUUCAACAGCGGCAGGCGAUCAAGCCACCACAACCGCAAUAUGCUGAGGACUCGAGGACGCCAUCAGAAGGCUCUCGUCGGGAUACACUCGGGACUGCGACCGACUAUUCGACUCCGCUUACAUCGGCCGGCAUCACACCAGGCGAGCAAGCGAAGCGCUUCUCCAGCUCCAAGACACAGAACAGCAGCCUUCUUCGCUAUUACGAGUGGAAUCAACAGCAGCAGCAACAGCAGCAAAAGCCUCUUCAACAACGCGGCAAGUCACACACCGAUCCUCAGCCCUCGACGUAUUCCCAGCAGCGCCCUGCAUCACAGCCAAGCGCUAGGAACCAGCGCAAGUCAGCAGCAUCCGCCCCGGGCGAGAAAACGCUACGCUUUGUCAAAGACUCUCGCGACCCGUCACCCAGCUCGAAGUUCUCCGAAGUAAAUAAGUCGAACGCCUCGCUGGUGAAACUUUCCUCACCAGAUACGUCAAGAUCGUCCAAUCGCUUCUCCCAAGCCGAACUCAACAAAAAGCUGCCGCCACUACCUGACGACCUUGUUAACAACGACAGCGGCCCCAAGACCGCACCGUUGGCGAGGAUGCUAAAGGGCUUCUCGAGGAAGAAGAGCUCUGCACAGCUUCACGAUGCGGCUGAUGAAGACGACAACGAGUCACCGCUGAGAUCUCUCCCACCCGAACGACCUGGCACGAGCUUCGCUUUCGCAAGAAGCGUGCCAUCAAGUCCGGCCUUGGGAGUUGCUGACGGCAGUCGGAGGAAGCUCUUGAAGCUUUUCGGUCGCAAGAACCGAGAUCAACGACCUGGAACGGCAGAUCCCAUUGCAGCAUGA